AUGUCCCUCAUCUCUCUAUUCAUCAAUGCGGGACUGAGUGCUGGCGGAGCGGUCGUCUGUUAUCGAUUGAUUUUAGAUUAUAUUCCGAUUUUUAUUGCACGGAAAAUGUAUGGAAAUGAUCAGUGUAAAGUCUCAAAUGCUCCAGUGCCUGAACCAAUGGGAGUAAUCUGUGCAGCAGUAUAUCUCAUUGUAAUGUUCAUGUUUAUUCCCGUCCCUUUCUUCGAAUGGAUCGGAAUGGAGUCAACUGAGUUUCCCUAUGCGAAACUCCUUGCAAUUCUCUCCGGACUCAUUUCGAUUUCGACGGCGAUUCUGUUGGGAUUCGCUGAUGAUAUGCUUGAUUUGAGAUGGAGACACAAAUUGUUGUUUCCCACGUUGAGCUCGUUGCCCCUGUUGAUGGUUUAUUAUGUUUCAGGCAACUCAACUACAGUAAUCGUUCCAUCAAUCGUCCGCCACCUCAUCCAUCCGAUAGCCGUCCUUCCGAUCACUAUUAAUAUCUCAUUCAUUUAUUACAUUUUUAUGGGAAUGGUCAUUGUGUUCUGCACGAAUGCUAUCAAUAUUUUGGCGGGAGUCAAUGGAUUGGAAAGUGGACAAUCACUGGUGAUCUCCGCGUCGGUUAGCUUGUUCAAUUUUGUGCAGAUCUACCGAUUCGGGACUGAAAAUACAACAGGAUUCUGGCAUCAUAUCAUCUCGUUGUACUUUUUACUCCCAUUCACUGCAUGCACCGCCGUUUUGUUUUAUUUCAAUAAGUAUCCAUCGCGAGUAUUCGUCGGUGACACAUUCUGCUAUUGGUCUGGAAUGACACUAGCCGUCGUAUCGAUUUUGGGACAUUUCAGCAAGACUUUGAUGCUUUUCUUCAUUCCACAGACAAUCAACUUCGUCUACUCAAUCCCUCAACUAUUCCAUUUGGUGCCUUGUCCAAGACAUCGAUUGCCGAAAUACGAUCCGAAAAGUGAUACGGUGAGCAUGAGUAUAGCUGAAUUCAAGAAAAGUGAGCUGAAACUGCUCGGAUCGAUAUUCAUUUCGAUUUGUCGAUCGAUUGGAAUGUUAUAUGUAAAGGAAUUUGAGAAGGAUGGAGAAAUAUAUCUCCGUAUCAACAACCUGACAAUCAUCAAUUUGGUGCUGAAAUUCGGUGGUCCAAUGCAUGAGAAAACGUUGAACGACGUGCUAAUGACCAUUCAAAUUCUCUCCUCUUGUCUCGCAUUUUUCAUUCGAUUCUAUCUCGCCUCGUUGUUUUAUGAUGUUGUUGAGUAA